AUGGAGAGUUGCAGAGAGCCCAAGAUGGGUUUUUGUCUUCUCUUCCUGCUUUUACUCCACUUACAACUUGUCCCCGAUUCCUCCGCCGUCGGAUCGGCUCCGUUGCCGGAAUAUCGAGCCCUCCUCUCCUUGAAAACUGCCAUCACCGACGACCCACAAUCCACUCUCUCUUCAUGGAAGAUCUCUACUAGUCACUGCACUUGGUUCGGUGUUACUUGCGACUCCAAUCGUCAUGUCAUCGCCUUAAACGUUUCUGGACUUAACCUCACCGGAACUCUUUCUUCCGACAUCGGAAACCUUCGCAAUCUCGUUAACUUCACCGUCGCUUCCAACAACAUUGUUGGGCCUAUCCCUCCGGAGCUUUCUUUGAUUUCUGGGCUUCGUCUUCUAAACCUGUCUAACAACAUCUUCAAUGAAACCUUUGCCCGAGAACUUGCUAGCCUCAAGUUUCUCCAAGUGCUUGACCUUUACAACAACAACUUGACCGGAGAUCUUCCUGUUGUUGUGUCGGAAAUGGCAAACCUUCGUCAUCUCCACCUUGGCGGAAACUAUUUUUCUGGGAUUAUUCCGGUGGAAUACGGCCAAUUUCCUACGCUCGAAUACCUAGCGGUUUCCGGAAAUGAACUCACUGGAGCUAUCCCGCCGGAAAUCGGAAACCUAACAAACCUCAAACAUCUCUACAUCGGUUACUUCAAUAAUUACACCGGCGGUAUUCCUCCGGAACUUGGUAACUUAUCAAACCUCAUUCGCUUCGACGCCGCCAACUGUGGCCUCACCGGAGAAGUUCCAUCUGAACUCGGUAAACUUCAAAACCUAGAUACACUCUUUUUACAAGUAAAUGGACUCUCUGGAUCUCUACCGAAAGAGCUCGGAACUUUAAAAAGCUUGAAAUCAAUGGAUCUUUCAAAUAAUAUCUUCACCGGAGAAAUACCCGAUUCCUUCCUCAACCUCCUCAACCUCACCUUACUAAACCUGUUUCGUAACAAACUCCACGGCUCAAUACCAGACUUCAUCGGUGAGUUGCCGGAACUAGAAGUCUUGCAGCUGUGGGAAAACAACUUCACCGGAAACAUUCCGCAAGGUCUUGGAAAGAACGGGAAGCUGCAAAUCCUUGAUCUGUCUUCAAAUAAAUUAACCGGCGAACUUCCGCCUAAUCUGUGCACCGGAAACAAGCUUCAAACCCUAAUCACAUUGGGAAACUUCUUGUUUGGGCCGAUACCAGCGUCCCUUGGUGAAUGCCAAUCGUUAAAUCGAAUCAGAAUGGGGGAUAAUUUUCUCAACGGUUCGAUUCCGAAAGGGAUGCUCAGUUUGCCUGAACUCUCGCAGGUUGAGCUUCAAAAUAACCUCCUCACCGGUGAAUUCCCGGCGACCAAUUCUGUUUCAAUCAACCUCGGUCAGGUGAGUUUAUCCAAUAACCAUCUCUCCGGUCCGUUACCUCCUACCAUUAGUAACUUUUCCGGCGUUCAGAAACUUUUGCUCGAUGGUAACCAAUUUACAGGUCCUAUUCCGUCUGAAAUAGGGAAGCUACAACAACUAUCAAAGAUUGAUUUCAGUGGCAACAGCUUCUCCGGCGAAAUUGCACCGGAGAUCAGCCAGUGUAAGCUGUUAACAUACGUGGAUCUUAGCCGGAACCAGCUUUCCGGUGAGAUUCCUACUGAACUCACAGGAAUGCACAUUCUCAAUUACUUGAAUGUAUCACGAAAUCAUUUGGCACCGGCCAGUUCAGCUACUUCAACUACACUUCAUUUUUAG